AAUGGAUACCUUUCCUUUCAUCAUCUUUUACUCACUAAUCUCAUUCUCAGUCUUAGAAUUCUCCACCGCAGCUAAUACUUUAACUCCGUAUCAAUCAAUCACCAAUGGUGAGAGUUUAGUAUCAUCGGGCCAAAGCUUCGAACUAGGCUUCUUUUCUCCCAGUGGUUCCAAGAAUCUGUACUUGGGAAUAUGGUACUACAAGAUUUCUCCAGAAACUGUGGUGUGGGUAGCAAACAGGGAAACCCCAAUUGCAGAUUCAUAUGCAAAUUUAACUAUCAACAGCGAUGGAAAUCUCGUGCUCUUCAAUGCCACAAAGGGUGUCAUCUGGUCCUCAAAUUCUUCAACUGUGCAAAACUCAUCAGUUGCACAGCUACUGAAUUCUGGAAACCUAGUCCUAAAAAAGAAUACUGAUGCUGAUACAGAAAGUAGCUACAUAUGGCAAAGCUUUGAUUUCCCACCAGACACACUUUUACCUAGCAUGAAGUUGGGAUGGAACUUAAAGACUGGCCUAAAUAGAUAUUUGACAUCAUGGAGAGAUGCCACUGACCCAUCUCCUGGAGACUUCACUUACGGAGUUGAUAUUACUGGGUUGCCUCAGCCUGUUCUUAAAAAGGGAUCAUCAGAGAAGAUAUACCGCACUGGGCCAUGGAAUGGAGUUCGAUUUAGCGGUGUUGGUGUGAGGUUAAACCCGGUUAGUAAACCGAGUUUUAUAGCCAGUGAAGACGAGCUGUAUUAUAUGUAUGAGGCGACUAAUAACUUGUAUAUUACUAGAUUAAUGCUCAAUCAAUUGGGUCUGCUACAACGCUUCAUCCUGAAUGAAGGGAGCUCUGAAUGGGCUGUUAUAAAUGCAGUACCAAAUGAUACCUGUGAUGAUUAUGGACAGUGUGGAGCCAAUGGUAUUUGCAGAAUUAACAAUAGGCCAGUAUGUGAGUGCUUGGAUGGGUUCAUUCCAAAUUCGCAGGAAGAAUGGGACCUGCUUAAUUGGUCCAGUGGAUGUGUGAGGAGGACAUCACUGGAUUGCGAGAGCGGAGAGGGAUUUGUGAAACUAAAAAAUGUGAAAUGGCCAGACCUGUUAGACUUUUGGCUGAAGGAGAGUCUGAACCUUGAGGAAUGCGAGGCAGAGUGCUUGAAGAAUUGUUCUUGUAUAGCUUAUGCUAAUUCAGAUAUCAGAGGAGGAGGCAGUGGCUGUUUGAUUUGGUUUGGCGAUUUAGUUGAUAUUCGAGAGUUUAAUAACAAAGAUGGAGAGCAAGACAUCUACAUACGAAUGCCAGCUUCUGAACUCAGUAGGCAUACUGGUGUUAUACUCUUUUAUGAUAUCCACAUUCUCCUAUUACUCUCUUACAUGUCAGCCGCUUAAAUUAUUUUAACAAAACUCAAAAGAGUUUGUUUGCUCAAAUAUGAGUACUUAGGUUUCAAUCUACCUAGUUUAGGUCAGUUUCAAUCAUGCUAAUUGCUUUUUAUUGUACUGUGGAAUAUCUUCAAAUGAAA